AUGACCAAGUUUCAAGCCCGAAAAAGAGCUCAAAGAAUAUCAACCAAUGGACCGAACAAAGAAAGAACAUCAGUCGAAAAAAGGGAAAAGGAACUGCGGUCGAAGCUAAAAGAGCAAGGAGAUGCAAACAAGAAGAAUAUGAUGCUCUCAAAGAAAAAUGAAAAAGCAGAAAACGAGGGAGCUUUUAGAAACUCGCCCCCGAAGAAUGGAAAAUUGCAAAAUAAUCACGAACAAACAGGGCCGAAAUCGAAAUAUAAAGCAGGAAAUACGAUGAAACAGAGGAAACUGGAGGAAAAAGCGAAUAAAGAAAAGGAGUCACAAGUAUUAAUAUCAUAA